CUAGCCCCUCUAGCAGCCGGGCCAGUGAGGUCGCGAAGGGAGAAACGCGUCAAUUUCUUCAUUUUCCUUCCUUUUUCGCCGAAUUUGAAGCUUAAUUUACCUCGGAGAAGACUGCGUGAGUGAGAAAAGAGCAGACAGGAUGGGCAAUACAGUCUCAGCAGCACACAGCACAGCCACAACACUCACCAGCUUGGCCCUCGGAGAAGGAAAGGGCAUGCUCAUUGAGGGCCACCCAGAAAUCACCAAGGACAUGGCACCUGCUGAGUGUCCCAUGCACCAGGAGCUAGCUCAGGCCCCUGCCCCUCCCAAACAGUGUCCCGUCGAUCAUGCCAAGAUGAGUGCCGAGGCUGCCCCCCCCAAACAGUGUCCUGUCGAUCACACCAAGAUGAGUGCCGAGGCUGCCCCUCCCAAACAGUGUCCCGUCGAUCACACCAAGAUGAGUGCUGAGGCUGCCCCACCCCAGAAGGCCCAUCACAUUCCCCCGGGUACCGUCAUCCCCUCUGAGUGCCCAAUGCAUCAAAGUAACCAGGAACCGCAGGCAUUCCCCAGUGAGUGUCCAAUGAGUGCCAACCCAGAUGGGGAGUGGCCUGUGCAUCAGGCAGGCAUGCACUUGGGCAAAGAGCAUGCAGGCAAGUAUGUAGACAUCAACCCCCUCAACCUGGAGUCCUACCCGAACCAGAAGCCAGCUCCUGACCAGCCCUUCGAGUUGCCCACUGAGAGACAGGUGUCAACAAUCCCGAAAGCAGGUUCAGAGUCGGAGCACUGGGUUUACCCUUCCCCACAGAUGUUCUGGAAUGCCAUGCUAAGGAAGGGCUGGAGAUGGAAGGACGAUGACCUCUCACAGAAAGACAUGCAACACAUCAUCAGCAUUCACAAUGUCAACAAUGAACUGGCUUGGCAGGAGGUCCUAAAGUGGGAAUCCCUCCACAAAAAUGAGUGUGGGAACCCCAAGCUGAAGCGUUUUGGUGGCAAGGCAUCGGACUACUCUCCCCGGGCUCGCAUGAGGAGUUGGAUGGGAUAUGAGCUGCCUUUUGACCGCCAUGAUUGGAUUGUCGACCGCUGUGGCAAGGAAGUACGCUACAUCAUUGACUACUAUGAUGGAGGCGACGUGGACCCCAGUGACUAUAAGUUUGCGAUCCUAGACGUCCGGCCUGCAAUGGACUCGUGGGAGAACAUCUGGGACAGGAUGGUGGUUGCCUGGUGGCGCUGGACAAGAAGUUAGACUGAGGUUGUGAGAAAGAGAGAGAAAAGUCAUGUUUUUCCAAUAGUUUUUUUAGUCUCUCUCGCUUUCUCUCUCACUUAAUAGCUAGAUUUAUUUAUAUCAGAAAGCAAAUGGAGUGAAAUGUUCAUAGGAAAGAGAACCUGUCUAAGGGAGGUCUUUUUUUUCUUCUCAAUUGAGGUUCAGUUUUUUUUUGUUUUGUUUUUAUAAUAGUGGGAAUGAUUAUGAAAUUAAUAAGGAUUUUGACUUUCAUAGUACUGGGUAUAUUCGUGCUUACUAAGUAAACUUUAUUUCUAUAUCUUUACCUUAGUUAAGAUUAUCCAGAAACAGUAUUUCAAGUACAAAAUUUAAGUUUAGUACUUCAUAUGAAAAUUACAUAGUCUAGAAGUUUUGAUGAUUAAGUACAUUCACUAAUCUCUGAGUGAAGGAUCUGGUAUGUAAGUUGGAAUGAAUUUAGUUGGGUUUUAUGCUUAUAGCAGUUUUGAAAUUGCUUAAUCUUGUCCCAGAUGUCAAAUAGGAAUCUGUUAGAAGAAAAGUAUGUACCUUCAGGCUUUUUUUCUGAAUUUUUCUCAGUUGGACUUGGUAUUUGUGCAUAAUGUACUUGAUUACAGUCAUACAAAUUGAAAGCCAAAUAAAGAGUUGUAGUUGAAUUCUUGUUAAUAGAUAUGUGUAUAUACUGUGUACAGAUUUAACAGUUAAGUAAAGUUUUAAAUUUC